AUGCCAUUCCAGCUCUCGCUCGUCGAUGUCUCGGCCGUCGUGCUCCUCCUUCUGUGUUCCCUGCUGCUGAACCACGGAGAGUCGAGCGCGGUGCAGGGCCCGUCUGUAUGCACGUCCUACGAUCACGCAAACCCACUGGCCGAAUCGUUCCCGAACAAUGCCACCGGGGUUCUCAACGCGACGCUGGCCAUCAUCCCCAUCUCGUUGGAGACUGUUCGCAGGAUUAUUCCUCCCCAGUACGGCAUCCUUGAAGGCGCUUACCGCGCCCUCGUGCCCAACUUCCCCAAGGGCAUGUACCCCGUGCUGGUUCAGGCUGCACACGACCACGAUGUCCAGUUCCGUGCGUACGGCAUCACAAUCGAUGACUUCUCGCGUGUGGGAUUCGAGUUCCCGUUCUUGGACCUCCUGGGUGACGGCCAUUCCUCGUUCCGUUGGGCUCCGGCACAGCUCAUCAGUGCGGCCAACAGCAUUGCUCUGGAGGGAUCCCGGGCAUAUGGCACGGUAGUAUCUCCUGCCGAGUAUGAGCCGCUCUGCGAUGCGUAUCGGUCGUUGCCCAACGGUGCUACGUACUUCAGGGGCUCGAGCUUGACCUCACCCGAGUUCAUCGAGCUAGAAAUGGCACGGCUCCCCGGCCUAAGUUCUAGCCCCUAUCCGCUGGAGCUCUUCAAGAACAUUACGAAUCAGCCAACGUUUGCGAACGCGACAUCCUGUGAUAAUAUGAUCCGUCUCUUCAACACUACCAUGUCGGUCGGACAACACGCGCCUCUAGCCGUCCGAGGGAGGGUCAAGGCCCUUACAUUCCCGUUUGAGGAAAGUGAGAGAGAGUGGAAGGAGGUGUACGGAGUCCAAGUGGCGACGCCCUUUAUCGAGAACAACUAUCUCGACUGCCGGACAGUUGCUGGCUACUCGGGGACCGGCGGGCCGGGCGAUUCAUCAAUACCAGAUGCUAAUUAUAAUAAUGAACUACGAUAG